AUGCCAUCGCACAAAGGUGUUACACUCGCUGAUUACAUUGACAAUUUAUUCGGUAACGUUCAACAUAAAAUAGGUGAUUUAGUGAAUUUAAAUGAUACCAUAACCUUUAAAUUAUGGACAUAUUUCAAAGGGCAAUAUAGUCGGACAUAUGGUUCGGCUGAGGAAGAAAAGGCACGUAUAAAUAUUUUUAAAGACAAUGCUCAAUUUGUAGCUAUUUCCAAUGCACAAAAUACAUUUGAGCUAGCAUUAAAUCAAUUUGCCGAUUGGACUCUUGAGGAAUUCGAUUUAUUUAAAAAAGGUUUGACUGUUCCUCCAGGUAUAAAACGAUUUGAAUAUCAAACACGUGAAUAUUUUCACAAAGCUUUACGUGAAUUACGUGAACAUCAACGUAGUACUAGUAGACGAGAACGUCUUAAAAGGAAACGAUUUUUUAUCGAUUGGUUUUCUGGUGGAGGCAGUGAUAAAAACAAUGGGGGCGGUGAUAAAAAUAAUGGGGGCAAUAAAAAUAAAUUAGCUAGUUUCGAUUGGCGUGAUAAAAACGUUGUAGGAAGUGUUAAAAAUCAACUUAAGUGUGGUUCUUGUUAUGCGUUUGCAUCUGCAGCUGUAUUAGAAUCAUUAUACGCCAUUAAAACUGGUUCAAGUGUAAUAGAUUUAAGUCCACAGGAACUAGUGGAUUGUUCUGGAAAUAGUGGUUGUAGUGGAGGUCUUUUUGAACCGACUAUGGAUUACGUUAUAAGCCGUGGAGGUAAAUUAGCAACUUUAGCUUCCUAUCCUUAUGUGGGUUCAAAACAAUCAUGCAGCUCUGGUACAACCGUGAAUCUCGGACAGAUCAAGUACGGUGCUGUUCCAGUCGGAAAUGAGACAUUUCUUGCUGAAGCCUUAGUAACAUAUGGCCCUAUGUUUAUCGGCUUGGAUGCAGAGUCAAGAGCAUGGAUGUUCUAUAAGAGUGGUAUUUUAACCGAACCAAGUUGUCCUAAUCGACGUCGCGACAUGGAUCACGCAUUACUACUUGUUGGCUUUGGCGUUGAUUCAACAACAAACAAAGCCUAUUGGAUAAUUAAAAAUUCAUAUGGUACUGCAUGGGGGGAAAAUGGUUAUUUCCGUUUGGCUAAAGAUGCGAAUAACAUGUGCGGUAUUGCCACUAUGGCCGCUUAUGCAAAACUUAGUUAA